UCCAAAAAUGUCUAAUAUUACAAUUUCUUUUCUACUCGCUUUCUCCGUCUUCUUUGUUUACUUAGCGAAAGCUGAAACUUCAUACAAUGUGCUAAAAUUUGGUGCGAAACCUGAUGGCAAAACAGAUUCAACAAAGCCAUUUCUCAUGGCAUGGUCAUCUGCAUGCAGAUCACGUACCGCAUCGACAAUUUAUGUGCCGAAAGGAAGGUAUUUGAUAAAGGCGAUAGAGUUUCGAGGUCCAUGCAAGAACAAAAUUAGGGUUAAAAUAGAUGGAAGUAUUAUUGCUCCUACAGAUUAUAGAGCUUUGGGAAAUUCAGGGUAUUGGAUUUUAUUUAUUCAGGUUAAUGAUAUUUCUGUAUUUGGUGGGACUCUUGAUGCUAAAGGUGCUGCAUUUUGGGCUUGUCGGAAUUCUGGAAAGAGCUGUCCUGAGGGAGCUAGGUCUAUAUCAUUCAACUGGGCAAACAACGUAUACAUAAGUGGGUUGACAUCAAUAAACAGUCGGUCAAUACACAUGGUAAUAAAUAGCUGCAACAAUGUUAUAGUAAAAAAUGUGAAGGUUAUAGCUCCAGACCAGAGUCCCAAUACAGAUGGAAUCCAUGUUCAGACAUCAACUGGAGUUACCAUUACCGGAUGUACGCUACAGACGGGCGACGAUUGCAUUUCCAUCGGUCCGGGCACCAGGAACUUGCAUAUGAGUCAUAUUAAGUGCGGCCCUGGCCAUGGCAUCAGCAUUGGCAGCUUGGGCAGACAAUUUAAAGAAGAUGGAGUACAAAACAUAACCCUAACAAACGCAGUAUUCACAGGAUCAGAUAAUGGUGUAAGGAUCAAAACAUGGGCCAGGCCAAGUACCAGUUUUGUGAGGAAUGUUCUCUUUCAAAACAUCAUCAUGACAAAUGUCCAGAACCCUAUCAUUAUUGACCAGGAUUAUUGUCCUGACAACAUUGGUUGUCCUAAUCAGAGUUCUGGUGUAAAGAUUAGUCAAGUUACAUACAAGAAUAUAAAAGGAACAUCAAGAUCAUCAGAGGCAGUGACAUUUGAGUGCAGCAAAAGUAAUCCAUGCAAAGGAAUAAGAUUACAUGAUAUAAGGCUUACUUAUAUGAAUAAAGCUGCAACUUCUUCUUGUAAGAAUAUUCAAGGAAGCAGCACUGGACUACUCAUACCAGAGAGUUGCUUAUAAUAGUUUACAUUUAAUUAGAAAAUUAUUAUUAUCCUUAAAUAGAAAAACAAAUUAAUUAACUUUAAUUUGGAUUUAUUGGCAUAUGUAUAUACACUCCAUGUGAAGGUGUUCUCUAAAUGUAAUUUAGCACUCCAUAUGUGGUAGUGUCUUUUAACCUAAUGUAAUAUUAUUUCCAUUUUCUUUUAACCUCAAUUAUUUCCAUUAUUUCCAUUAA